AAAAAAGUCUGUGUCCCGAUCAUUCAUCGUUGAACCAUUCGAGUGGUGAGGUCUUUUCAAAGAGUGCUGCGAUGAUUCGAUUCAUAUUUUUAUCAAUUUUAUUUCGGGCAACGAUUGGUCAGUCUUUCCAUUGCCGAUUUAUUCAACACGCCUACGACAAAGCCGUUCAAAACUCGGAAUUUCUAGGAGCAAAUGAUAGUGACCUAAAGCGCGUGCGCAGUGAUGAUAUCGGAAAUAAUUACUUUGCACAACAACCCACACCUCCAGAUGCAGACGUCGACUUUAAUCGAACUACAACGCUUUUAAUGGCCGGGCAGCUCCUUUCUUCAAUUGGUGGACGAAACACUCUGAAUCGACUCGCAUCCUGCAUACCGCUUGACAAACGUUGUAGCACAAUGCCAAUGGAAAAACCUCCGACAGAUCCUCGAUUUCGUACCAUCACUGGAGCUUGGAACAACUUAAAAAAUCCAAAGUGGGGAAAAUCGUACACUCCAUACGGUCAUUUGCUAACCGCCAAUUUCGCCGAUGGUAUUUCGGAAAUAAGAAAGUCCGUCGUAGGACAGGCAGACUUACCUGGAGCAAGAGUGGCAACAAAUGCAAUCAAUAAAGAUCCGUUCAAAUGUACUCCCGAUUUUCCGGCCAAUCUGUUGUCCGUUAUGUUUGGCCAAUUAAUGGCGCACGAUCAUGGAAUGAGACAAAUGUACCAGUCAAAAGAAGGAGGUCCAACGAGAACUUGCUGUAAUGAAGAUUACUCUGCGGCAUUAUCGCCACAACCAUUUGGAUGUCACGCAAUAGAAUAUCCAGAAAACGAUCCGUUUUUGAGUGAUGCUUCACCGAACUGCAAUAUUAGAUGCAUGAAUUACAUUCGUUCGCAAGCGACAUUCUCAAAUGAUUGCAGAGUCGGUUCAUUUCAAGCAGUAAAUCUUGUUUCGCACUACUUGGAUUUGUCCCCAGUUUACGGAAAUACUGAGGAGAUUGCCCGUGAACUAAGAACGUUCCAGGACGGCCUACUGAAAAAUAACAAAAACAAAGUGUUACCGGAAACUUGCGACGAUCCUAAUCAAGACUGCUACCUAACCGGUGACUUCAGAGCAACUGCCAUAUUCUUCCUUGGCCUUUUACAAUCCAUGUACCAUCGCUUCCAUAAUGUAGUUGCACCGCAAUUAAAGGUUUUAAAUCCUAAAUGGGAUGAUGAAAGACUCUACCAGGAAACGAGACGGAUUGUAAUUGCUUGCUAUCAAAAUCACGUUAUUGAUUGGCUACGCGUUUUUUCCGGUGACGCAGAGACCAGGCGUUUUCGCCCAGUAGGGAAUAAUUAUCUGGGAAGAUACAAUGACAAGGUUGAUGCCAGCUCAACUGCAGAGUUUAGCCAUUGUGUGUUCAGAGUGUAUCAUUCAAAUCUUGCCGAUAAAGUUCAUUUCAUCGAUGGUAAUAACACAAUCGUCAGAACCAUCAACCUAGAUGAUAACGAUGUUGGCUUGAAGACUUUGGAGACCGAUUACGAUAGCCUAACUCGGGGCAUGCUUAGCACACCUUCUGGCCAUGCGUCUUUCACGCCUACAGUUCGCAACAAAAUGUUUAACAACGACAACAAAUUCCACCUUGGGCUCGAUCUAAUUUCAACUGAUCUUUUCGUUGGACGUGACCUGGGCCUGCAGCCGUUUCACGUUUACUUUGAACAAUGUACAGGAAAGAAGGUACGGUCAUGGGACGACUUCAAGGUCACAAUGCCAGCAGAAGCUAUUGCCGAUUUGAGGAGCGUCUAUAAGAGUGUGUACGAUGUAGACGCUUUUGCAGGUGUGGCGUUAGAGGAAAAAUGUGAUUCGUAUUUGGGAACAGUUGGUAAAUGUCUGGUGGUAUCACAAUAUCAACGAACAAUAUCAGGCGAUAGAUUCUUUUAUUCACUAUCCGGCGGAGCCUAUCCCUUCACAAGAAACCAACUUGGUACGAUUUAUAAAUUUUCGUUUGCUAACUUUAUAUGCACUGUUACCGGUCUCGAUCAAAUACCAGCCAGUGCUUUCGAAUUUCCAACUAGCAGGAAUCCGAUGGUCGCAUGUCAACGGGGCAUAGACUUAAGUGCGUGGAGAGGACUUCGUUAGAAUGGGCAGAGCUUUUGAUUGUUUUUUUUUUAAAGAAUCGAUAAAUGUCAAUAAAGUACUGAGCCAUUCAAAGUCAAA